UCCAGUGGCAUGAUCUUGGCUCACUGCAACCUCCGCCUCCUGAGUUCAAGCAAUUCUCUGCCUCAGCCUCUUGAGUAGCUGGGAUUAUAGGCACCCACCACCAUGCUUGGAAAAUUUUUGUAUUUUUAGUAGAGACAGGGUUUCACCAUCUUGGCCAGGCUGGUCUUGAACUUCUGACCUUGUGACCCACCCACCUCGGCCUCCCAAAGUGCUGGGAUUUCAGGCGUGAGCCACUGUGCCCAGCCUGGCCUGGUAUGGUAUUUUUUACUAAAACAGAUGAAUGUAGCCUUUAGGGGAUGAUAUGUGGCCAUUGUUCUGGUGAAUGAGUUAUUUUCCAUCACUCUUGAAAGGAAAAAAAAACUGUUUGCAUUCCCUUCACCAGACAAUCGUAUGUAUUUAGUCUUCCCUCAGGUGGUGCUAACUCUCCUACCGUCUGUCAUGUGUGAUAUAUAGUCUGAAGAGAACUGGACCUCCUAGGCAUCCUGCAGAACGGCACCCUGGUCCACUGUAUCAUGCCUCAUGUGAAUCAGAUAUCAGAUAGAUGAGCAGGAUGCAGCAAGUGUACUGAAGGCCUUGGAAAGACACAUGGGCUUCACAUCAUGGGAGACAAACCCUAAGUUUCAGAGUCCAUCACAUCAGUUGUAGAAGUCUGCUGUUCCGAGGCGCACUGGGGAUCAAUGUAAAGGAUAAAUUAUUGCAUCUCACAUCUCCCACCAUGAAGAAGGAAGCACAGUGCUGGUAGGUUCCAUGGUUUCUGGAGGCGGCAUAUUCCAUAUCUGGGAAUACUCUUCCUACCCAUAGACUGGAUUACAUGGAAGGCUGCCUCCUGUACGUAAGGCCCAGAGGAGGGCUCUGGAGUAGACUCAGGCUGCAGUGCAAACAGCCCUUCUGCUUGGGCUGAACAAUCCAGCAUGCCUUAGGUUACUAGUGAUCUCAGAGGUGGGGAAAGGCCACCAUGUUCAGUUUGCGGAAAGUGCCACGGGGGAAUCAUGAAGGACCCCUAGGGCUCCGGAGCAAGGCCAUGCCAUCUGCAGUGGAAAAUUUUACACUCUUCAUUAAAGAGCUCCGGGUGUGCUGCUGCUGGACCACAGUAGAGAUGAAGCACCUGGACAUGGGACACCAAGUGACCAUACGCACCUCUAGAGCUGCCCCACACAGGCUCAUCAGGUUCUAAGGCUGGGUGGGCCCUGCAGUAUCCAAGGCAAGACAGAAGUUCUGCAUCCAUGAUCAAAUGUAUCAGCAGGGCCUGAAGGCCCAAGCCAGCUACACUGGCAGUUAGCUCAGACUUCCAGAGCCCCCACCACUGUUGCACCAAGGGUACUCCCUCAACUCACACCUACGGCCACAUUUGGAAGGGGAAAUCCUUAUGACCCACAGAUGGAGGAAGAAAAAGUGAGCUUGGAUCUUGGAUGGUGAAUGUGGACAAAAAUGGACAGUGACUGCACUACAGCUGUACUCAGGAUGGGUCAGAAAGACAACAUCAAGGGGAAACCCUGAUGGGUGGAGCUUCAUUGGUGCACCAGCCUUCAUCUGGGAUUUAGAGGAAGAGACCACACAUCAAGACAUCCUGAAGCCCUGGGCCCAUCUGUAGUUGGGAGGUGGCAGGUACAUUUUUCUUACUGAAAUAGCCAUUACAUUCAGCUUUUGGAGACCAAUGGAGGUACAACUGUGAUGAGUCUUGAGAGAAGCCAUCAGCCUCUUGUUUGAAGAAUGCACCUUUUUCUUCUUGAGUAUCAGCUCAGUGGCUACUGGGAAGCAGCUGCAGGAGGUUGGCCUGGUGUCACCAUCCGUACACCAUCAUCCUACAGCGCCACAACCACACAAAGCUCAGCAACUCCUUCCUCUCCCACAUGGACAGAUUAAGAGUUGAGAUGAAGCUCCGCAUUGCCAUUGCUGAACAUGUACAGUGUACCAGGCAUGCAUGGGUGUUGGGAUACAAAGUCCCUCGCUUCAUGGACAUUAAAUAUGAGAGAGAGAGAGAAUAAACACAUAAACAAGUGAAUGUACAUUCUUCUGUUAGCUAAUGAUGAUGACAUGAAAAGUUGAGUGUGGCGAUUAGGGACCCUGGGACAGUCUGCCUGAUUUCUGAUUUUCCGAUUGAGAGAGCAGAGCCCUGAAUUAAGCGAGAAACUUCAGCGAUGUUGAAGAAGUGUAUUGUUGGCAGAGUGUCAUGAACUGAAUAUUCGUAUCCCCCCGGCUCAAGUUCAUACGUUGCAGCUGUGACCUCUGAUGUGAUGGUAUUUGGAGGUGAGACCUUCAGAAGGCAUUUAGGCUUAAUUGAGGGCAUGAGAGUGGGACCCUCAUGAUCCGAUUGGUGUCCUUAUAAAAAGAAGAAGAGACCAGGGCGGUGUGUCUUUCUGCCAUGAGAGCACUUGGCGAGAGCACUCGUCUGUCAGCCAGGAAGAGAGCCUUCAUCAGGAACUGAAUCUGCUAGCACUUUCAUUCUGGACUUCUCAGUUUCCAUCAUCAUGUGGCCAUAAAAGUCAUCGAUAAGAAGAGAGCCAAAAAGGACACCUAUGUCACCAAAAACCUGCGGCGAGAGGGUCAGAUCCAGCAGAUGAUCCGCCACCCCAAUAUCACUCAGCUCCUUGAUAUUUUAGAGACGGAAAACAGCUACUACCUGGUCAUGGAGCUGUGCCCUGGGGGCAACCUGAUGCACAAGAUCUAUGAGAAGAAGCGGCUGGAGGAGUCUGAAGCCCGCAGAUACAUCCGGCAGCUCAUCUCCGCCGUAGAGCACCUGCACCGGGCUGGAGUGGUCCACAGAGACUUGAAGAUAGAGAAUUUGCUACUAGAUGAAGACAAUAAUAUCAAGCUGAUUGACUUUGGUUUGAGCAACUGCGCAGGGAUCCUGGGUUACUCGGAUCCGUUCAGCACACAGUGUGGCAGCCCUGCCUAUGCUGCACCUGAACUGCUUGCCAGGAAGAAAUACGGCCCCAAAAUCGAUGUCUGGUCCAUAGGUGUGAACAUGUAUGCCAUGUUGACCGGGACGCUGCCUUUCACGGUGGAGCCUUUCAGCCUGAGGGCUUUGUACCAGAAGAUGGUGGACAAAGAAAUGAACCCCCUCCCCACUCAGCUCUCCACAGGUGCCAUCAGUUUCCUGCGCUCUCUCCUGGAACCGGAUCCUGUGAAGAGGCCAAAUAUUCAGCAGGCACUGGCGAAUCGCUGGCUUAAUGAGAAUUACACGGGCAAAGUGCCCUGUAAUGUCACCUAUCCCAACAGGAUUUCUCUGGAAGACCUGAGCCCGAGCGUCGUGCUGCACAUGACCGAGAAGCUGGGUUACAAGAACAGCGACGUGAUCAACACCGUGCUCUCCAACCGCGCCUGCCACAUCCUGGCCAUCUACUUCCUCUUAAACAAGAAACUGGAGCGCUAUUUGUCAGGGAAAUCUGACAUCCAGGACAGCCUCUGCUACAAGACCCGGCUUUACCAGAUAGAAAAGUACAGGGCCCCCAAGGAGUCCUAUGAGGCCUCUCUGGACACCUGGACAAGAGAUCUUGAAUUCCAUGCCGUGCAGGAUAAAAAGCCCAAAGAACAAGAAAAAAGAGGGGAUUUUCUUCAUCGACCAUUCUCUAAGAAGUUGGACAAGAACCUUCCCUCGCACAAACAGCCCUCAGGCUCGCUCAUGACACAGAUUCAGAACACCAAAGCCCUCCUGAAGGACCGGAAGGCCUCCAAGUCCAGCUUCCCCGACAAAGAUUCCUUUGGCUGCCGCAAUAUUUUCCGCAAAACCUCGGAUUCCAAUUGUGUGGCUUCUUCUUCCAUGGAGUUCAUCCCUGUGCCACCGUCCAGGACCCCAAGGAUUGUGAAGAAACCGGAGCCCCAUCAGCCAGGGCCCGGAAGCACUGGCAUCCCCCACAAGGAAGACCCCCUGAUGCUGGACAUGGUGUGCUCCUUCGAGUCUGUGGAUCGCGACGACCACAUAGAAGUGCUGUCUCCCUCUCAUCACUACAGGGUUCUGAACUCCCCGGUCAGCUUGGCUCGCAGAAAUUCCAGCGAGAGGACGCUGUCCCCAGGUCUGCCAUCCGGAAGCAUGUCGCCUCUCCAUACUCCUUUGCAUCCAACUCUGGUCUCUUUUGCUCACGAAGAUAAGAACAGCUCCCCAAAAGAGGAGGGCCUGUGUUCCCCACCUCCGGUUCCCAGCAAUGGCCCCAUGCAGCCUCUGGGGAGCCCGAAUUGUGUGAAAAGCCGAGGCCGGUUCCCCAUGAUGGGCAUCGGACAGAUGUUGAGGAAGCGCCAUCAGAGUCUGCAGCCAUCUGCAGAUAGGCCUCUGGAGGCCAGCCUGCCCCCACUGCAGCCCCUAGCCCCCGUGAACCUUGCCUUUGACAUGGCCGAUGGGGUCAAGACCCAGUGCUAACUUGGGCCAGCGGGAUUUGGGGUAUCUAUCUCUAGCAAACAGCAACGGAACAGAGCUCCACACAUCUGUGAGGGUAUGAACAUUCCAAGACCCCGCGUGGAGCAUCCUUAGUUGCCCCAUUGGUUCCUGCCAUGCAGUGUCCCACCUGUAGCUGAAUCCACAGACCCAAAGCCUGCACAACCCAACCUCGCUUAGGGACCCUCAGAGAUGCUGGAAUCGCUAGGAGGGUUGGCUCCAGGGGCAGCCAAUUCCUAUCAUUCAGAUCUUCCCUCCUCCCAAGCACUCACCAACCCUUUCCAGUUCCCACUUCCCCCAGGCUUGGGGGGAGAACGGGGCAUGAGCCUUCUGGGGCACUCAGAUUAUGGACUGUUACCACAUCUUUCUUCACGCUGUGCUACAUGUGUGCCUCUCACAGCAGUCGGCCACAGUCACAGGGAGAGAACAAUAUCACAGUCAUUCAUCCAGGCCACGUUUCCCCUGCGGAGUGUAGCAGCCCUGCCUUUCAUAGCAGGGAUUACCCCGAAGGCCAGCAGGAGCCGGGGACAGGCCCGGGAUCCUCAGAGGAAGACGGAGAAGAGCUUCAGACCAAGAUCAAACCAAACAGUGGGGACCCCGACAGAAGAGAAAGACUGAAGGAGACACUCAUUUCCCAAGCAAGAUUUUGACAGAUUGUUGUUGAAACAUGCUAAUAAUUGAAUGAUCUUUUCCAAAGAUAUUUUUUUUUAAAUGUGAUGUCGGUAAAUGGAAAUAACAUAAUUUUUAAAACUUGGAUGGAGAGAUGAGAAGCAAUUCCAUCGAACUCAUGUUUUCACAGGAGGGUUCAGGGUGGAGAGCAAACAAGCUGACUGUGGUGAUGUGCUGAGUGCUGUGGCCCACGGGCAGGGCAAGUCUCGGUGGUCCUGUGUUCAUCCUGUUGUUUAAGGCAUAGCCCUGAUCCUUCUGGAAGGCAUAGAACAUGGUUACAGCUGGUUCUGUAGAAAGAGAGAAAAGAUGAUUGUGACAAUUCAGAGCAUAAUUCAGAUGGCGAGAAGGCAGCAUUACCUCUGUGUGAUGUGGAUUUCAAGCUGCCCACAGAACUAGUGUGGGUCAGAGCUCAGUGAGUUUGCUAGGAGCUGGGAGCAGGCUUGAGAACCUGUUCAGAUACAGGCCGGUUUCUUCUUCGAGGAAAGCCGAGCUCCUCAAACAGGGUUCAGUCCACGUUGUGUUUUCACACCUUUCUCCAAGGAUCGAACCAAAGAUGUGUCUCCAGUAUUGUGUCUGUGCCCCCUGUGUGUGUUUUGUGAACCCCUGUGUUGUCUGACUGUAUCCAGCUGGCACUUGAGAGGGUGCAAUCAUUGGUGAGAAGAAUCAGAAAAAGAAGACUCAUCAGCACAGGUUGGAUAGGGGUUAGUUUAGGAGACUGGUUACAGAAUGGCCUGGAGUCUUCGACUUUUGACCGGUGCAGGUGUGACCAGAGACCACCUCUGUGGCCACCUCAUAUAGUUAUCUCAGUCCAUGGAUCCCAAAACCCAAAUCUAGAAUUGCAAAGCCAGCCUUUGUUUCCCUGGCAGGCAGCCUUGCCAGAGGGCAGAGAGGUAGUUCUGAGUCAUUCUCUCAUUCACCAGUGGUAACAUCCUUCAGUCCCUCACGUCUCUGACAGAGCAGGAGAGAAUGGAUAUUUGGCCGACCUUGGCGAGACCUGGAGCUGCCUCUUUCUUCCCUAGGGGAUCACUGCAGCUCUAGGGCAUUCUAGGAUGAGGUCAGGACCCCUUGGCCAUUGGUGUUAUUUUUCGUAUAGCUUCAGACUGGGUUCCAGAACUUACCAUUGAAAACAGAGCUUUUAGGCCAGGCGUGGUGACUCAGGCCUGUAAUCCCAGCACUUUGGGAGGCUGAGGCAGGUGGAUUGCUUGAGCUCAGGAGUUUGAGAGCAGCCUGGGCAACAUGGCAAAAGCCCAUCUCUACUAAAAAAUACAAAAAAAUUAGCUGGGUGUGGUGGCAUGUGCCUGUAGUCCCAGCUACUUCGGGGACUGAGGUGGGAGGAUCACUUGAACCUAGGAGGUCGAGGCUGCAGUGAGCCAAGAUCAUGCUACUGCAUUCCAGCCUAGGUGGCAAAGUGAGACCCUGUCUCCAAAAAAAGAAAAUAAAUAGAACUUUAUAAGCAGAGAGAGGAAAAUAAUCAUCUAAGACCGUCUUUCCAUUUGACAUGAAGUGUACCUUUUCUAAGGACGGUUUCCAGCUGCAAUGGCUCCACUUUGCAGGCUUGCAGGGUGUAUACCUGUGCAUUUGGAACUUUCUGGAGCCCCUGAUACCUUUUCCUUGAGAACAGGAUUGCUUCUGCCUUGCCGUUAGCUUGUGGAGAACGUGCUUCUCAUUCCUGGCAUGCUUCAAGAACAGCUGCAGAUGUGCCGCUAACUGACCGCGUUGCCGUUGGUGACCUGGACUCUGAACUCAGGUUUAUUCUAAACCCGGUGAGAGCUGAGGGGGAGUGAGGAAAGGGGAUCAACUGUAUUUUUGUGUGUGUGUGAGCACCCAACGAAUCUAUGAAACUGAGUGAAAGGAGAAAUGUUAGAUUCUUUAUUAUUUUAUUAUAUUUAUAUGGAAAGCUUGACUCUCCCUUUGGUAAGUCCGAAGCGUGUUGUCUGUUUGACCGUGACUGUCUGUCUUCCUCAGUCUGUGCCUGUGAUCCCAGUCACCCUGUAGUUACUGACAGAAACUGACUGGACUGUCAUUGUGUGAAGUCCAGGAGGAAAUGUCCAUUUUAAUCGUAUGAUUUGGUCAUAAGUAAGGACUAUAUUUAUGUCACCAUUAUUAGAUAUAUGUACUUUUGUAAUGACUGUGAAAUACACUUUUCCCUCACUA